GUUUUAAAGAAGGGAACAAGCUUGUAAACCGCCGAUGGGAUGAUCCUGGGAGGUGACGUCAUCACGUGAUAUGAUGUGAGUUGCUCCGUCUCGGUACACGAGGGUUUUCACUGUUAUGUCCGCCAGCCGACAGGCAACAGCAAAGGAUGCGGAGUUACGGGAAGCGAAAGUCGCGUUUCAAAUGAUUAUGUAAUUGUUUGGCUUUUUCACUCACCUUUUGUUGUUCCGUUGGAUAUUUAACUAAGGUAUCAUUGAUGGGAUCUGAAUACGAACUGCAUACAUGGGUAGGUAGUCAAGAUCUCAUGGGUAGUCAGGAUCUCGUUCUUCGUGAUUGCUUUUGCGGCCAGCAUUGGCUUCUUUAACUACCACUGCAGGUGGUAUACCUAUGGUCCUAUGUAUUUGCCGUUACUUCGUAUUGCUACCCAGGCAUAUGUGCUAGACAGGGCCAACGGAGCAGAAACGACCUUGGAAAUGUUGAACUAGGUAUGUUCUUUGACCCCUCCUUGCCAACACUAGCGCCGUGGUUGCUGUUUUCGCAUCCAGCCAUUCUAUAUAGUAUCAGGGUAUUCUUCGAUGAUAUUCAGCAAACUCUCUCAGCUUUGCCUUGGAAUUUGUACUUUGCGUACACACUCACGCUGUGUCUAAUUAUGGUGUUGGCAAAGGCUUGCCCUAUCCUGGGCUUCUCCUGGGCAUUACAACUCAUUGUUAUUUCUUGUUGCUUGAUUGCGACGGGAUAUGCCCAAGCUCCGCCUACCACCUACUUGCAAACACCUUCCACUCAUCAACUUGAUUGGCAUCAACUGGAAUACUAUGCAUUCGUUCACUUUGGGCCCAAUACAUUCACAGAUGAGGAAUGGGGACGUAGUCAAAGUACUCCUGACGUCUUUGCGCCGACGGACCUAGAUACCGAUCAAUGGGCCAAAUCGUUUGCGGAUUCUGGGAUGGCCGGUAUGAUUCUAACGGCCAAGCAUCACGAUGGCAUGGCAUUGUGGGAUACUAACACCACCACAUAUAAGAUUGGUAAUGGGAAAUGGGCAAAAGACCGGGUUGCCAAUGGUCUUAACCCUGAUGUUGUCCAACUUGCUGCCGCUUCAGCCAAAAAGUACGGCAUCAAGUUCGGCAUCUACUUGUCACCUUGGGAUAUACACCGUGACCCUGCAAUGCCGAAGCCGCAGCUGGCCGGGACGAUAUAUGACGAGCCACAGAUCUUCGGGGAUACGACCCCAGGAGACUACAACGAAUUUUACGCUCAGCAGUUGACGGAGUUAGUAACGAUGAAACUCAGCGAUGGCUCUCUUAUUGAAGUCUCCGAGUUAUGGCUCGACGGAAAUAGCGGGUCCGACACUGUACAGACAUUCAACUGGACCGAUUUCCGCAAUAUCAUUCGGGACCAUCAGCCAGGGGCAAUCAUGUGGGGGCACCAAGGCGUGGACGCGCGCUGGGUAGGCAAUGAAGAUGGGGUGACUGUGGCUACAAAUUGGCACACUAUCAGCCGGACGCAGGACGAUCCUCACUACGAUGGUGAGCAGUUGCAGACAGGGGUCCGCGACGGUACUUAUUGGACGCCGUCGGAAGCUGAUGCCCGUCUACGGGACGGCUGGUUCUACCAUUCUAAUGAGAACCCUAAGACGGCUGAGGCACUAAUGGACAUGUAUCUACAGUCGGUGGGGAGGAGCGUGAAUCUCCUACUCGAUGUCCCUCCCGACACAACUGGACAGAUUGUUCAAGGUGAUGUGGACAUCUUGUCGCAGUUCAAAGAGCAGCGUGACACUUUCCUCGGCCGCACCCUGCCUAGUCCUGGGUUGUCCGUAAAUGCGAGCAGUGUCCGCGGCGGCAAUAUUACGCUCUAUGGACCAGCCAACGUACUAGAUGGCAACAUUAACACUUAUUGGGCGAUUAAUGAUGAGGAGACCACUGGGUGGCUAGAAAUCGAGCUGGGCGGCAGCUAUGCCGUGGAUGCUUUUAUUACACAGGAACAUAUUGCUUUAGGACAGCGUAUCGGCGGAUAUAUGAUUGAGGCAUCCAUAAAUGGCUCGUAUAAGGCACUUGUCAAUGGGACUUCACUGGGAUAUAAGCGUAUUGAUAGACUAAGCACACCAGUGGAGACAAGCCGGAUACGUCUGCACAUCACACAGGCAAAUGCCACGCCCCUGGUUAAUAGCUUUCAGGUUCUUGGAGCAUCAAACUGAGUAAUGCGAGUCUGUUAUUGAGGAAAGAAUGAAGAUAUAGUAAGCGUACCUACCUAGGUACGCAAUCAUGAUAUUACAUACCAUUAAACAACCAGCCCAUGAACCCCUAGCCUAGGUACCAAUCCUGGUCGUCACUCUGUAAAGACCACCAACCUAAUAUAACCACACCAUUGAAUUCCAUCGGUGCGCUUCCGUCAUCCUCGUCUUCGUCUUCGGAAUCAACAACCCUUAAAGCUAAGGUAACUCUGCAGAUAGUUAUAUACCUAGUAAAAAGAUCAGUG